CUAACCACUCCCAUGAGCUAGUGGUGCCUAACUCUGCUACCAAGAGGCAGCAUUCAUAACUCCACGGAAAAGUCCGGAAUCUGGAUUUGGUUCCCAGCCACUGUUUGCAUGAAGAAUUACAACCAACUGCACAGUGCUUCUGGGAGAUAAAUCUUGCAUUAAAGACAACGCUGACGUCUCUCACCAUCUCUUGAAAGUCUUCUGGAGACUCCUGGUAUGUCCCUACUGCUGUUUCUAGUCACCGGCUUGGUCCUUUGUGUAUCUGAUGAAACAAGACAAGAAGAAAGCUCCAAGCUGGCUACCGAGGAGACUCAGGGAAAGCUGAAUCUACUGUGGCUGGCCGUCCUCUACCCGCAUAUGUUCGAGCACCUUUACGACGCUAACUGGACAUACACCGCUUGUGAAAUGAAGCCUAGCACAAGCCUAGAAGGACUCCAGCCCCAGGUGACGGGGCGAGUUCUGUUCAAGCAAGGUUACCCGCAUGGGAAACUGAUGGCCAUAUUCUACCUGGAUGGGUUUCCCAUGGACACUGACGCAGCUGGUAAAGCUAUCCACAUCCACGAGCUAGGAGACCUCAGCAACGGCUGUGAUUCUCUCGGGGGGCACUACAACCCUUUCCAAGUCCAUCACCCCAACCACCCAGGGGACUUUGGAAACUUCCACCCCAAAAAUGGCAGGAUCAGGACGCUGAGGGUCAACCUCUCGCCUUCUCUCCACGGCCCCCGAACCGUUGUCGGAAGAUCUGUUGUGAUCCAUGAGAAUCCGGACGAUAUGGGGAAAGGGAACAACAAGGGCAGUUUAGAACAUGGAAAUGCUGGCAAACGCUUGGCUUGCUGCGUCAUCGGAUAUUCCCAGAAAAACCUGUGGGCGAAGGCCUAUAACGAGCUUCUUGAUCUCAAAGAUUGAGCACACAGCAGCCAGGUUUAGAUGAAGGUCAAUCAGCAGUUUCACAUUUGCCACAACAGCUACUAAAUAAUAGGAAAUAUUUCUGGGGUCCUUGGUGGUGGUGGGGGAAUAAUAUAGACCUUUUGCUCUGCCGUAGUCUUCCGUUCUGUAAGCAGGUUAGGAGGAGGAGCAUUUUCUUCAGAAGUUCAUAUCCAGGUUUCUUUUCGCCUUCAAAGUUAAGUGGCUGGUUGCAGGGUAAGGUAAAAAAUGCAUAUUUAGCUACAGAGAUCUGGAACAGCCCUGUUUGUUUUGCAUCCUAUCUUUUGAAAACCAUCUCAAGAACGAGAAAGCUGGAGGA